AUGGCAACCAAACGAGCAAAGAUUUCCAUCAUCGGCGCCGGUAAUGUCGGCGCGACCUGCGCCCACUGGGCCGCUCAGAAAGAACUCGGGGACAUCGUCCUCCUCGACAUCCCUCGCGCCGAUGCGCCGGAUCAGCACAUGCCCAAGGGCAAGAUGAUUGAUCUUGGUUGCUGUGCUCCGAUCGAUGGGUUUGAUUCGAACCUGACUGGUACCUUUGACUACAAGGACAUCGCGGGAUCGGACGUGGUCAUCGUGACCGCUGGUAUGCCUCGCAAGCCUGGGAUGAGCCGGGACGAUCUGAUUGAGGUCAAUGUGAAGAUCGUCAAGCAGGUCUCGGAGAACAUCAAGGAGCACGCUCCGGACUCGAUCGUGAUCCUCGUGUCCAAUCCGCUCGACGCGAUGGUCUACACCGCGUGGAAGGCGACGGGCUUCCCAACCAACCGCAUCGUUGGUCAAGCGGGCGCGCUGGACUGUGCUCGCUAUCGUGCGUUCAUCGCGUGGGAACUGGGUGUCUCGGUUGAGGACGUCCAAGCGAUGCUGCUUGGUGGGCACGGUGACGACAUGGUGCCGUUCCCUCGUCUGACUUCGGUCCACGGCAUCCCGGUUUCCGAUCUGCUCCCAGAAGACAAGAUCACGGCAUGCGUCGAGCGCGCCAAGGUUGGCGGCGGCGAGAUCGUCAAGCUCAUGGGAACCAGCGCCUACUACGCUCCGGCGCUGGGCACCAUUCAGAUGGCAGAAGCAAUCAUCAAGGACAAGAAGCGGAUCAUCCCAUCGGCGGCAUACCUCGAUGGUCAGUUCGGACACAAGGGGCUGUUCGUCGGUGUCCCGGCGCUGCUCGGCAAGGACGGCGUCGAGAAGAUCGUCGAGUUCAAGCUCACUGACGAAGAACAGAAGCUCUUCGACGAAUCGGCAUCGCAUGUUGAGGACUUGGUCAACAUCGUCAAGGAACGAUUCCCAGAGCUCGCGUAA